GAGAAUUCUCUAAUGGGGGUAAUGAAGAAAUCUCAUGGCUUCUGCCAAAAAAAAGAAGAAAUCUCGUGGCAUCAUUAUAAUUUAGUAUAUAUAUACAGAUGCCAAAAGCAUAUGGUUUGAUGGCACCCAAUGUGCAAUUUAAUGAUUUUAUUAUUUUAUUAUAUCCCCAAUCCCCAUAUAAUGUUCCCACUUGUAUUCCACUUGUAUUUUUCAUCUCUUCGAAUAAGUAUCGUUCUUUCCAUCCAGAGGAUUUGAUCUCAACUUGUCAAGGCAAUUCCCAAAGAACUUUUUCCCAGAGGCCAUGAUGGGUUCUUCCGGUUUGAAGGAUGUACUGGGUCAACUCGACAAAGACUCGUUCGUCUCCCUCCUCUCUAAGCUCAUCGGAGAGGCCAAAUACGUUCAGAACAACCCACCGGAGCUGAUCCCAGAAGAGGACAGGGUGGCCAAGCACGUCUUGGAUGCACUCCUCCCUUACAGCACCACUACUGGUGGAGGACCCUUGAUAGUAAAUCAUGUUACUUACGUUCAAGGCAGAGGCAACGUUAUCGUCGAGUACCCGGGAACCGUUUCCGGGAAGAUUCUGUCCUUCGUCGGCUGUCACAUGGACGUUGUCACGGCCAACCCUGAUGACUGGGAUUUUGAUCCUUUCUCUUUGAGCAUUGAUGGAGACAAACUUCGUGGCCGUGGAACGACUGAUUGUUUGGGGCAUGUGGCUCUUGUAACUGAACUCAUGCGGAUGCUGGGGAAAACAAAACCGCAGUUGAAGUCAACUGUGGUGGCGGUCUUUAUAGCGAACGAAGAAAACUCAUCAAUAUUGGGGGUCGGUGUUGAUGCUAUUGUAAAAGACGGGUUGCUUAAUAAGCUCAAACAAGGUCCUUUGUUUUGGAUUGAUACUGCAGAUAAACAACCUUGCAUUGGUACUGGUGGCAUGGUAUCUUGGAAGCUUAGAACAACAGGGAAACUUUUCCAUAGUGGUCUAGCUCACAAGGCUAUAAAUCCUUUGGAGCUAGCUAUGGAAGCACUUAAAGAGAUUCAACUACGGUUCUACAGGGACUUCCCUCAGCAUCCCAAGGAACAGCUCUAUGGAUUUGCAACACCAUCAACCAUGAAACCAACUCAAUGGAGCUAUCCUGGAGGGGGUGUCAAUCAGAUUCCAUAUGAGUGUACAAUUUGUGGAGAUGUCAGGUUAACUCCUUUCUACAACAUAACAGAUGUUAUGAAGAAAGUACAGGAAUAUGUAGAUGAUAUCAAUGCCAACAUAGAGAAACUAGAUACUCGAGGGCCAGUAUCAAAAUAUGUACUUCCAGAAGAGAAUCUCAGGGGAAGACUUACAAUUAGUUUUGAUGAGGCAAUGAUGUCUGGAGUUGCCUGUAAUCUUGAUUCUCGUGGCUUUCACGUGUUAUGUAAAGCAACUGAAGAUGUGGUUGGAUAUGUAAAACCCUAUUCAAUCACUGGCAGCUUACCAUUGAUUCGACAAUUGCAGGAUGAAGGCUUCGAUGUUCAAACUUCAGGCUAUGGCUUGAUGGCCACAUACCAUGCAAAGAAUGAAUAUUGCCUUCUCUCAGAUAUGUGCCAAGGUUUUGAAGUGUUUACAAGCAUCAUUUCGCAAUUGGAAGAUGACAAUUAAAGGCAUUGAUCCCCCGAAGGUUCUUCCUAGGCAACGAGAUCUCAGUAAUUAGCUGGUAAAAUAACUCUAGUGUGAUACAAUUUUCUUUUCCUUUUCCGGGCGUAGGCAUCUCCUGAAUGGCUGCAAGUUCAGGUUUUCCCAAGGAUUUACUAGUGGACCUGGUUCUCAACUUGGGAAUCCAAAUGAGCCUUUUAAUUGGUUUUAUCUGCUAGGAGUGAAGUUUUCCAUUAAAGACCAUGUUGUGUUCAGCAAGUUCAGUUAGUAGCUUGGUUGUCAAUUUGUCAUUGUGAAACUAGAGCAAGAGUUCAUCUAUUGUUUCAGCCAAGUUGAUAUUUCAGUCUGGAGUCCGGAAAGGCUUUGUGAUUGUGAUUAUAUCCCCAACUCAAAUGGAAUUUAUCCAAAUGUUGUCAUGACUCAAGUAUUAGACCUUUUUCUUGAAGA